AUCUUUCUCCGCUAUUGACCAAUCGAAACUUCUCUUGCAAACCAUAUAGGGUUUAAAUGCAGUUGUCGUUAGGUGUGUACUGUAUGUAGGAAUUUCUAAGCAUUUGUUGUGGUAAGGUUAAAUAAUGGAAGAAAAUACGGAGUACUUAAAACUCCCUGUUGAGGAACAGUGUGUACAUAAGCAAUGGAAGGCCAGACUACAUGGCUAUGAAGAAGCAGCUAAAAUCUUUCGUCAAGUUGAUGAUGAGAAAUCCCCGGAAUUUGCUAAAUAUUUAGGUCUACUGAAGAAAUUUGUUGUGGACAGCAAUGCAGUUGCUCAAGAAAAAGGCUUGGAGGCUGUGCUGGCAUUUGUUGAAAACUCUGCUUCAGCUGGAAAGACUGUUGGUGAGGUUAUGGCUGGUAUUGUGGCUAAAUGCAUAGCUGCUCCCAAGACAAAGACAAAGGAGUUAGCGGUCCAGAUUACUCUGAUGUACAUAGAAAUAGAAAAAUGUGAAGCUGUUCAAGAGGAACUACUGAAAGGAAUGGAACAUAAAAACCCCAAAACUGUGGCGGCUUGUGUUGCAGCUAUGACAGAAGCUCUUAGAGAAUUUGGUAUUAAAGUUAUAAACAUAAAGCCAUUGGUGAAGAAAAUACCAGUUUUGUUGGAAGACAGGGAUAAAACGGUCAGAGAUGAGGGCAAAGCAUUAGUUAUAGAGAUGUACAGGUGGAUUGGUGCUGCACUGAAACCACAGCUUACAGCACUGAAACCAGUCCAGGUCACUGAAUUGGAAACAGAGUUCGACAAAGUGAAAGGGAUGAAGGUGGCUCCAACUCGUUAUCUGAGAUCUCAGCAGCAGAAGCAAGCGAAGCUAGCUGCUGAAAUGGCGGCAGGUGAAGACAUAGGUGAAGAGGACGAAGAAGAUGGAGGUGCACCUGAAGUAGAUCCUUACGAUCUGAUGGAACCCGUAGAUAUUUUAUCAAAGUUACCAAAAGAUUUUUAUGAAAAAUUGGAGGCAGUGAAGUGGCAAGAACGAAAAGAGGCUGUUGACAGUCUCGAGCAGUUACUGCAAACGCCUAAACUAGAAAAUGGUGACUAUGGUGACCUUGUCCGCAGUUUAAAAAAGGUGGUAGGCAAAGAUACAAAUGUCAUGGUGAUAGCUGUGGCAGGUAAAUGCUUGGCUGCUCUCGCAAAUGGUUUGAAGAAACGCUUCCAGCCCUAUGCCAGCCAGUGCAUCCCGACCAUACUGGAGAAGUUCAGGGAAAAGAAGCAGAAUGUCGUGACUGCGCUGAGGGAGGCAAUUGACGCCAUAUAUGUCAGCACGACUAUAGAAGCAAUCCAAGAAGAUUGUUUAGAAGCACUCGAAAACAAGAACCCUAGUGUCAAAGCUGAAACUGCAUCAUUUCUUGCACGUUGUUUCACUAAGUGCACUCCGAUGAUGCUGACGAAGAAGCCGCUGAAAGCGUAUACUACAGCUUUAUUGAAACUAUUGAAUAACCCAGGUAACUGUUUGAAAAUUAAGUUUUAUUUUGGAACUGUGGAAGUGUCCCCCUCAAAUUCACCAAUUAAAGAAUGUUGUGAAAAGGCAGUUAUUGUAGCUAAAGUACCAAGAGUUGUCGAGAGGCCCAGUUCAGCUCCUACUAAACUUGGAGGGGAUGGAGACGGGAAAACUGUUAGUGCAAAAUCUGCCAAAAAGUCUGCUCCUAGUGGCGCAAAGAAGGUUGUCAAAAAGGCAGUUUCAUCAGCUCCAGCAGUUGGCAGUGGAAAGAAGCUGCCUACACAAAGUACAGAAAAAGAAUUGAGUGAGGACGUCGUAGAUGAAAUACUGUCGGAAAUUUUGCCUGGUGAUUUAAUCUCAGGUCUAGAAGACACUAACUGGAAAGUUAGAUUGGCAGCAGUGGAACAGUUUGUUGAGGUUGUCAGAGAGUUGGAUCCUGCCGACAGGCCAACGCAAGCCCUUGUUAGAGCUCUGAGUAAAAAGCCAGGUUUGAAAGACACAAAUUUCCAAGUACUGAAGGCAAAAUUGGAGGCACUAAAGCUUUUAGCAGAAACUGGAGAAAUGUCGAGUGUAUCGGUGGAAUGUUGUGUAAGUGAUGUUGCCGAGAAACUUGGUGACCCUAAGAAUGGUGCGCUAGCGGCAGAAACGUUGACAGCACUAGCAGAAGCAACAAAAUUGGACCCUGUGGCUACAGCAGUAUUGGACUUCGCAUUCAGCCAAAAGAGUCCUAAGGUUCAAAUAGAGGCACUGAACUGGCUGGCUGAAGCCAUAAAGGAGUUUGGAUUUGUUGUGCAGCCGAAAGCACUGAUGGACAGUGUGAGGAAAGCAGUGGGAGCCACACACCCUGGAGUGAGAAGUGCUGGGAUUGCCUUCACGGGAACACUUUACCUGUACAUUGGGCAACAAUUGUCAGUCUUCUUUGAGGGCGAAAAGCCGGCCCUUUUGCAGCAAAUUACUGCAGAGUGGGAGAAGCAUGAUGGGGAAACCCCACCUGAUCCUGUGAGGCGUCAGAAGGGUGCCGAUGGAGACGCUGAGUCACCGGAGGAAGUUAAAGUGAACAUGCAUGACAUGAUGGAGAAAGUAGACAUCAGUUCCCACAUCACUGAUGCUCUGCUCAGUGAGCUAGCUGACAAAAACUGGAAGGUUAGGAUUGAAGCACUGCAAAAGCUUGUGAACAUUGUCAACGAGCACAAAUACAUUUCAAGUAAUCUGGGAGAUUUGCCUCCUGUCCUCGCUCUCAGACUCGUUGAUAGCAACAGCAAGAUAGCAGUGGCCGCCAUUGCAUUUUGUCAAAGCCUUGGUGCUGCCAUGGGCUCCCAGUGUAAAGUGCACGUCCGCACCCUGUUCCCCAACUUCUUGCAGGGACUCGGUGACAGCAAGGUGUGGGUACGGUCGGCUGCGUCAGCUUGUAUAAACACCUGGGGUGACCAGUGCGGUUACAAAGUCUUUUUUGAUGGUGAAAUGAUUGGCGACGCUCUGAAAUCUGGAAGUCCUGUGCUAAGAUCAGAACUCUGGGCGUGGCUCGCCGAGAAGUUACCGGACAUACCUCCAAAAUCUUUCCCCAGAGAAGAACUGACUGUGUGUGUGCCUCACUUAUUUUCUAAUUUGGAAGACCGCAAUGCAGAUGUGAGGAAAAGUGCUCAGGAUGCAGUUCCUGCAUUUCUAAUACACUUGGGCCACACAUCGUUGAUGAAAGCGGUGGCAAAACUGAAGCCUGCUACACAGUCUGUUAUUACACAAAUUAUCAUGAAAGCAAAUGUGCCUGUGAAGCAAAUGGCAGAUGAAGAGCAGGAGUGUGUGAAGACUGUGAAGAGUGGAGGAGCAAAGGCAGCUGGGAGCAGUACGGCUGUUAAGAACAAGGCAGCUGCCCCAAAAAGUGGGAAGACCGGAGGACGAAAAAAAGAUGAAGAAGCAGAUACAUCUCCAUUGUUGGCAAUAAAUGGCCAGAAACAUCAGAGGUUACUUGAUGAACAAAAGUUAAAAGUACUGAAAUGGAACUUCACAUCACCGAGGGAAGAGUUUGUGGAGCAGCUGAAAGAUGCUAUGACAGCUGCCAAUGUUAACAGAACGCUAACAGCCAACAUGUUCCAUUCAGAUUUUAAGUACCAUUUGAAGGCCAUUGACAUGCUGAAUGAGGAUCUGCCAAACAAUCCUGCUGCAACAGUUGCUAAUCUGGAUUUAAUACUAAAAUGGAUGACAUUGCGUUUCUUUGAUACAAACCCAUCAGUGAUAUUGAAGGGGCUGGAGUAUCUGCAUACGGUAUUUGACUCCCUAAUUGAAGAAAAUUACAACAUGUUUGAACAGGAGGCACUGUCAUUUGUGCCAUAUCUCAUUUUAAAGAUUGGGGACCCAAAAGAUGCCGUACGUAACAGUGUGAAAAGUCUUUUUAAACAACUGGAACGUAUAUACCCAGCAUCUAAGUUGUUUGUUUACAUAAUGGAUGGUCUGAAGUCAAAAAAUGCCAGGCAACGGACAGAGUGUCUGGAGCUGCUGGGGUAUUUGAUCGAAGGAUACGGUUUGUCUGUGUGUCAGCCAUCACCAGUAGCAGCACUGAAAGAAAUUGCCAAACAGAUAUCUGAUAGAGAUAAUUCUGUAAGAAAUGCAGCACUGAAUUGUGUAGUCCAGGCAUACUUUAUUGAAGGGGAUAAAGUGUACAAAAUGGUAGGACAGAUCUGUGACAAGGACCUGUCUCUCCUAGAGGAAAGAAUAAAGCGUGCUGCCAAGAACAGGCCGCCGUCCGCGACGAGGCAGUCACCACCUAGUGGCCGGCCGUCAAGCCAGCCGCAGUUGCCAGCACGGCAGGCCCAGGUGCAGAAGGUGACGCGGCAGGGGAGCGAAGGCAGCAUCCAGAGGGAGACGGUGGCUACGCCAACACCAACACAUCAGGAGGUGGAAGUCCCUCCAGCAGAGCCUCAACCCAGGCAAACUCCUCCGAAGCAACAGCGACCUGUCUCUGGGCGUUUUGGUCUGGACCCAGAGCUCUUAGCAAAGAUAGAAGGAAAGGGUGUCAGCUUGAGUGCACCCAAGCUGAAUGAGUUUGACUUGAAGGACAUCUUGGAUGAUGGGACACCUAUCGACAUGCCAAAACCUGGAUAUCAGAACUCAGGGAGUCCUGUUUCAUACCAACCAGUGAAGCAGAGACUGCCAGCAUCUUACGCGCAGGCGUCACGCCCCGAGGAAGUGAUAGAGAUGGGUAUCUCCAACGUGACGAACCCUGACAUAAACGUGGCGUGGCAGGCUUGCGUGCAACUUGAGCUGGUCGUGCAGACAGAGAACGUGAGCUUCCUUCGAGGCAAGGAAGACCACCUGGUGCUGGCCUGUGUGAUGCAGCUGCGCCUGCUUAACUCUAGCUCCCCCCACUCUACGCCGGGCGACCUGCUCGCCCGGGGCUACCGCAACCUCUUCCUGCUGCUCAUGUCAUUUUUUGAAAAAAGCCACCUCGCCAAGCGCGUCUCAAAGAAGGUACUGCAUGAUCUUGUGUACCAGCUGUUGGGGCUGCUCGUUGAUAGACACCUGGAUGAACUGGAAAAUGGUGACUCUUUUACAAGAGUUGUUAAUGUCAUGGUAAUGAGAAUAAUUGAAAAUUCUGACCCUACUAACAUUACCAGUGCCAUGAUGAAAUCUCUGCACGACUGUGUAGCUAGCACCAAUGCAUCAGCUCGGUUCACCGAACUAGUUAUGAAGUGCUUAUGGAGGAUUAUUAAAUUACUUCCCCAAUGGGAAGAAGAAACCGAUUUUGCUGUUAUUUUGUAUGACAUACAUCUGUUUCUGAAGGAUUUCCCUUCACCGGUGUGGAAGAAACGGCAGUCGGAUGUCCCUCUACGCACGAUAAAAACAUUCAUUCAUACUGUAACCAAAAUAAAAGGAAACAGAAUACUGAAUUAUUUAGGACGCAUCGAUAAUGCCAGUGACUCGGAGCUACAUUCAUAUUUAAUAAAAUUACUAAAGAAUGCUAAGCAAGAUGAUGUGAAGUCAUCAACAGAGAAGGAUGCUAAAAUUCCCAACCGUCACACCAAAGUGCCCUAUGGCCAACUCUCAGAGAUCUUCAAGAAGAUAGGCAUGAAGAAUCACACAAGAGAGGGUCUGGAGCUGUUGUACAAUUUCAAGGAGCAGUAUCCGGAUGCCAACUUGGACUCUUUCCUGAGGAAAUCCUCACCGCAAUUCCAAGACUACAUUGCAAAAGGCCUCAAGAGUAUAGAGAUGGAAAGGAAAAAAGAACCUUUUGCACCAGCGAAUACUGUUUUCCCAGUUGAAAGCACAAUGAAGGACAAAGAGGUACCUGCAAGGAACAACACACCCAGAGUCGAGAAUCUCGUAGAUGUCGACGGAGAUGGCAGGUCCACGUCGAAGGAUGCGCAGUAUUACCUGAAGAGGCUGCAGAGGCUCCAGGCCGACGCAGGCCUCACACCCGCAAACAUUCCACUGGGUUUGACCCUACGUCAGCAGACGACCGUGUCUGACAAUAAUAUUCCAAACGAUGAAAACCUGAAUGUGAGGGUACUGAAGGAAAACCGCAGUGAGAUACUGCCCACUUCGCGGAGUGGAGCAGAUGGAGUGGAGAGGCUGAGAAAGAGGUUGGAAGCACUAAAAUCUACAACUAAAUGAGGCCUGAUGCUGUUAACUGUCCAUGAUUAAUUUCAUAAAAAUUAAUAUAUAUAUAUGUAGAUAAUUUUAUAUAUAGACGGUGUGCACGCGUAAUACUUCGGAAAAUUAUGGCUGUCGUAAAGUAUUUCAUGAUGUUAUGUAGAAAAAUUUUUUAUAAAAGACUGAGCAUACAGUUAUACGAUUAUUAAUUUAUUAAUGUGUUACAGCUAUUAAUAGUGAAACUUGAGAAAUAGAUUACAUGACUGCUAGGAAGCUCGUGCACGAAAAGGAUUAUAGUAAGACACAUUCUCAUUCACUUUAUUAAGACUGGAGUGUCUGUUGUGCAAUUGGUGAUGUGUAACUUAUAUCUAAUUUAUUUGUAUUUUUUUAAUACUUCGGCAGUAUUGACCAUUGAUUCAAUCACGUGUAAAGACUUUUUUAAUUAUUUUACAGCUACAUUUUUAUUUUGUUUAAAUGUUAACAUGUUGAGAACCUGUGACUAUUUUUGCAGAUGGUUGGAAAAUAAACUUGUAGUUGAAACUUCGAAUAAAUUUUUUAUAUAAUGUG